AUGUCCGAUUCAAAGCAUGCAGAUUUGUUAGUAAUCGGCGGAGGAAGUGGUGGACUUGCCGCAGCUCGUCGUGCAGCUAAGUAUGGUGCUAAAGUCAUUGUAGUAGAGUCCUACCGUUUAGGUGGAUUAUGCGUUAAUAAUGGAUGUGUCCCCAAAAAAGUCAUUUGGAACUCAGCUCAUAUACUAGAAGGGCUUCAUUUGGCAAAAGAAUAUGGCUUUGACGUGACUCACUCCCAUAACUGGGCUACACUUAAAGCAAACAGGGAUGCUUAUAUAGCAAGACUUAACGAAAUUUAUGCCAAUCAUCUCAGACAUGAUGGUAUAGAGUUUAUUUUUGGGACUGCAAAAUUCAUAGGCCCUGAUUCCAUUACAGUCGAUAACUCCCUUAUAAUCACUGCUAGCCAUAUUUUAAUUGCGACUGGAUCUAAGCCAAUGAUUAUGGACAUUCCUGGCAAGGAACAUUUCUUAACAAGUGACAAUUUCUUUGCUAUGGAAACUCUUCCUAACAACGUUUUACUUGUAGGAAAUGGCUAUAUUUCUUGUGAACUUGGAGGUAUUUUCAACACUUUUGGGGUAAAAGUUACAAUUUCUAUGAGAGAAGACCAUCUUUUGUCUGUUUUUGAUAGAGAGGUUACAAAUAAACUUAUGGAGCAGAUGGCUAAAGACGGGAUUUCAUUUUUACCUGGGAGAGAUAUAGUUGAAAUUAAGCAGGUCGAUGGAGGAUAUCAUGCAUUUUUUAAUACAGGAGAAAGCUUUGUAUUUGAAAAAAUUUUCUUAAAUAUAGGAAGAGUUGGGAUGGUUGAUGGACUCGACAUACUCUUUUUCAGUGUUUUUUUUAAAAAAAAUAUUUUUAUUAAUAAUUAAUUAAAAAAGUUUUGGUAAUUAUAUUUAUUUUAGGGUUAAAUUAGAAGCUGCAGGUGUUGUAAUGGCAAGAUAUAGAGGCAUUCAAGUAGAUGAGUAUGAAACUACAACAAAUCCUCAUAUUUACGCCCUUGGAGAUGUAACAAGAAAGCUCCAGCUUACUCCAAUUGCAGUUGCAGCAGGAAGAAAGCUGGCUGAUAGACUAUUUGGAGGCCAGUCAGACGCAAAGUUAGAUUAUACAAAUGUCCCAACAACCAUUUUUGCUCAUCCACCACUUGGGUCAGUAGGACUUAUGGAGCAGCAAGCAAGAGAGAAAUAUGGAGAUGAUAAUGUGAAGGUCUAUAGAUCAAGCUUCACCAAUAUGUUUUUCGCUUUGACUGAGCAUAAAGAGCUGACCUUUAUGAAGCUCAUAUGUGCUGGACCUGAAGAAAGAGUGGUUGGACUUCAUGGAGUAGGAAGAGGCAUUGAUGAGAUGAUACAAAUAACUUAAAUAUGGAGUCUCAGCGCUUCACGGUUGGUUAUGCCGACUUCCUUCGAGCACAUAACCUGCAAGAAGAAGAAAAGAGUUACGUUAUCCCUAACCUAUAUGCACUACUUCUUUAUUAUAUGUGCAAUAAACUUGUCAAAGUUCAUAAUUGAUUGCUGAUUUUGCAAUCCAUCUCCAAUUAUUGUCACUGCCAAUUUUGAUUGUUGAUUCUGCAAUCCAUUUCCAAGCAUUGUCACGGGCAAUUCCGCAUCUUAAAGCAUUGUCACUGCCAAUUCCACAUCCACACAUCCAGUAUUCAAUCUUCAAUUGCUUUUCUGCAAAAAUAAGUCCUUGCUUGCAUUCUGGAAGAAAUCCUUCCUUAUCCUGAAUCUUAGCCUUGACGUUGUCAAUGGUGUUGAGCUUUCAGUCUUCGAUUUCGCUACAACUGGAGCUGGUUUUUGCUUAGCUUUAGGCUCUCUUAGCCGUUCCUUAGGCCACUCUUUUGCUGUUCCUGGGGCCACUCUUUUGGCUGUUCCUGGGGCCACUCUUUUGGCUGUUCCUGGGGCCACUCUUUUGGCUGUUCCUGGGGCCACUCUUUUGGCUGUUCCUGGGGUUGUUCUUUUGCUUGCUUCUUAGGUUUUUCAGCCUUUGCUGCACUUUCUGGUUUGAACUUGUUGGUUCUUCUUCCUCCCUGAGCCAUCUGAGCCAUCUGCCUCUGCUUUUGCUGUUUUUUGUGCUCCGCAGCAUUGUGACCGACUUGCUGGCAAGCAUCAUAGGCAAGGAUCCCCGCAUGUCUUAGCCAAAUGGUCUUUCCACCAGCAAUCAGGCGGUCUGGAUAGGCCAGGGCAUGCUCCAGGGUAGGAAAUUUAAAGUAGGCAGCAUAACGGGACUCAGGGAUGAAAGUCAAAGUCACAUUCUUGUUCCCUUGCAGGAUCGUGUUGUUCAUGGUCACUUCCACCUCUCUAGCAUCUUUCCUAAUAAUAUCAGUGACCUCUUCAAGCGGAAUGCCGGGGUGGGAGUGUGAAUCCUAUUCGGUAUCGGAGGUAGUUAAUUUCUCCCCCAGUGAGAAAUGGACCCACUGGGACAUAGCAGGUAGCUUGCUUGAGUUUGAGGCUUAUGAAUCCUGCUUCUAAGAAUUCUUCGUACUUUUCGCGGUUCUUGAAGGUCAAGGCGGCAUCCCCUGAUGGCAGACGAUUGCUUCGAAGGAUCGUUUAGGGAGCGAAGUUUGUGUUUAUUGAGACACAAAACGACGCGUAAAGGUCCUUCUUCUCCUCUUGGGUGGCCUUCAGAUGAAAUUGGACAGGUAAAAUUUUGCCGUCCAGCCCAUAAGCUCAUGCUCACGGGUGAAUGGCAGGGAAAUUGUUAGGGAGGUGAACGCAAACACUACGCCGCUGUCAUCAAUCCCCAAAGCCAACACAUGCUGGUCUUGGGCCGCUCGAGUCGGCCAGUGGAAUUGUUCGUUCUCCUCCAUCUUUUUUAAAAGUAUAACCGGCAAGGUUUUGCUAGCUUAGAAAAGGGCAGCAAGGGGACGCCGCCAAGUCUACAAGUAAAACCUAGACCAAUUGGGGAAGCUCUCCAGCGUGAAACUAGAGUUAAGCCCUGAGGCUACGAGAUUUCCUUUUGUGCCAAUAGUUGGCUAGAAACCUAUUUUUUGGAUUUUUUGCUUACACCCCCCAUCUUUGAUUGAAUGAUUCACUGCAAAAAUUCCUAAAAAUUGGGAAACUUAACCCCAUCCUUGAUCGAACGAUUUUCGUAUCAUGAGAAUUUUUAUAGAUAUAAAAAUAUAUUAGUUAUCAAAAACUUGGGAAAGAUGUGCUAAUGAAGUUGCUUUCAGAGGCUUUGAGACGACAGGAAGCUACGAAAUCAACCAUCCGAAGUGCCUUAGUUAUCAACCCGGGCUUAAAAACUCAAUAAUCUAAAAUAAAGAUUCUUUAAAAUUUAAAAUUUUUUAAUUCAAUAAGGAACAAAUUAAAAUUUAUAAAGUUUAAAGGGGUAACCAAUAAAUCAAAAUAUUAAAAAUUGGUAUUUUAUGAAAUUAAUUCAAUUUUUUGCUGCAAAAAUAAUUAUUAAGAUUAAGAUUAAGAUUACGCUGGGUAUUUAAGGUCCCUACUACGUCCGAGGAGGCAUUCCACGGUUUCCCGUGUGGUGGCAGAGCGUUCACCAAGCCCGGGCCGAAACCCCCGGUUUCUCGGUAGAGGUAUUGUCAAGGGCCGUCUUAUACCGGCUUUGCUGACCGCCUCCAUUUCCAACUUGGAUCGUCGCCUAAGUUUACGCCAAUACUGCCGCAUCGUCCGCCAGAUCUGCCCAUUGAAGGGCACCUUUUCAACUGGAGAUACCCCCGUUUAGUUGUCUAACUCGCCUUCCCCUCUUUUCCGGUCAUCCCGAGAAAGAACUCAACAGCUUUCGCCAUUCGGGGCGAGCCACAAAAGCAGCUUAGGCAGGUAAGUCGCCCUGCCUCAUUUCGGGCACUCACUGGGCUGAGCGCUGCUGGCAAAAAGAAGUCACGAGUAACUGCCUAUGGGUCUGGUCGCAAAAACAGCGGCUUUCGCGCUUAGGCCUCUCGCUUCGAGGUCCCAGACAUUGUUGGGCUAACUCCUGGCUCCAAAAACCAUGCCCGGAUAUACAUGGGUAACCACCACUGAGAGGGUGGGUCGGUCGCCAUACGCCAUUUUAUGUAUAUCCAAAAAUAAUUAUUAAAUACUCUUAACCCUCUUAAUUAAAAGUAUAUAAAAAAAAAUACAUGUAUUUGUAUUUUAUAUAUAAAUUUUUUUCUCUCAAAAAAUUUGUUUUAACCCCAUCCUUGGUUGAAGGAUGACGAGCCGUUCGAUCAAGGAUGGGGAGAGUUAGACAACCUUGUACCCUCCUCAGUCUCAAGCAGGGCAAUAGAUGUCCAAUUGUUGCCUAUUAACACUGAAGCCUGAAGGCAAAGAGGAGGCACUGUCAUCCCUGUUGGAAGACACGGCCGCAAAGCGGUUGAAUCUCCUUUGGAGAUAUCUAGCGACUAUGUUAGAACUAGGUUAGCACAUCUUAUAUUUUAAGUUUAAGUUUAGAUGAGAUGAUACAAGGAUUUGCUGUGGCUGUGAAGAUGGGGGCAACGAAAAGAGAUUUCGAUAACACUGUGGCUAUACACCCUACAGCGUCUGAAGAAUACGUUACUAUGGUUUAA